UGUUUAUAGGCGUGGUCACGCGAAGCAAUGGGCGUUACAUGACAUUGCUUUGGAUGUUUUGAAGCUUGCUGAGUGCCAAGCUUUCUCGAGGGUUAUAGAGAAGGAUUUCUGGCUGUUGGCCUGAAUUAAGACAUGAAGAAAUACAGAGAACGAUGGAGAGCAAAUUCUGCAUUUUGACUGAAACAGAAGACCUCAAAACCCUGAUUUCGAGCACCGAAGAGAGUCUGCAAAUUGAAAGGACCAAGACAUUGUUUGAGGAGAUCCGUGCAUCCAUCAACAACAAUGAUGAAGAGGACCGUUCCUUUUGGAGGCCUGUGCUCCCAUGGGGGGGCGUCUACACCAUCAGGGCAGGGAGGAAGGCCAUCUCAUGCACCCCUCUGUAUGUUAAGAUAAGCUUAAAGAACACCUGCACCAUCGAUGGGUUCCUCAUGAUUCUUUAUGUAAUUUUGAGAGACAACCAGAGCUUUCCCCGGGAGGUGGGCAUAUUCCUGGGCAGGCAGUUUGUGGAGCAUUUCCUCUACCUGAUGGACUCGUAUGACUACACCACCGUUAAGAUGCUGUGGAUCUGGGACAGGAUGUCCAAGAGGCAGUACCGCUCAGUGAUCCACCAUGCAGCGUUGGAGAUCGACCUGUUUGGUAAUGAACAUGAGAACUUCACCAAGAACUUGGAGACAAUGAUGUCUACCAUGCAGGAGAGUCUGUGCACCAACUGGAGCUGUCCUGCUCGUUUCCAGGAGUUCAUACAGAAAACCAUCAACAUCAAUCCUCCUCAUGAGCUGCCCCCUAGAGAUCCCAUUCAGUCAGCUGUGGAUGAGUUCUUCUGUCCCAAGAUCAUUCUCUGCAAAGAACUGGGGUGCAAUGGGUUGAGGGAGUUCUCUCAGAGGGUCUUCUGCCAUGGACCACCUCCUUUUGUCAUUCUCAACAUGCAGCUUUGGAAGUCUGAGGAGCUGUCCUAUGUUCCCUACCAUCUAGCCCUAUCCCAACACAGGUACUCACUGGAGGGCGCUACACUCUUCAACAAGGAGGAGCAUCACUACUCUGCAGCCUUCCAGAUAGACGGCUACUGGAUGCACUAUGACGGGCUGAGGAGCGACAACCUGAUCCUGUUAAACAAGCCCCCUGAACUCCUCCUUCUCUCUUCCCUUGUCUACAUCCGCGCCUCAGACAAAUGAGAUGCACUAAUGUAACCAAGCAGGGAUGGGGUCAGUUCCAUUUUUCAUUCCAUCAUUUCAGGAUGAAAAUAAAUUCUCCUGAAUUUACUUGAAUUGAAAAGGAAUUGACCCCAAUUGUGUCACCAUGGUCCAGAAGGGACACAGAAGGAAGGAGGUAGAUACUAGACAACACUGAUAGGAAGGCAUCUUUUGAAAAAUGCACACUAACACCUUCCUAUUUAUUGCCCUUCAUUCACAGAAAUAGUAUCCAAGUUACUUUACAUUUGGCUCAUGAUGGUUUUGUCUUCCAUUCCACAGUGAGCUCUUACCAGAUACUUUUAUCACCUAAUCAUAUUUAAUGACAUUUUUAUCUCGUUUGAAAAGGCUUAUACCACAUUUCCAACUUUUUAGGAUAUCAUGUCAACAACUUCCUUGUUUUGUUUUUAUACUUUGAGAUUUACUUUUUGGAAUUAUGUGCUCCCUUUUGCCUGACUGUUGCCUCAAACACUCACUGUGCAAAAUAAGUGCAUCUUCUCUUUGGGCAUGCUUGGAAUCCAAGAAUAUAUGCAUGGACUAUAAUAGUUCUGGGGAGGUAUGCAUAUUGAAGAAUCAACUCAACCUUAAAUAGCUUUACUGCUAUAAAAAAAAAAAAUAUGUUUGCAGCGUGUUGUCUUGGGUGAAAUGGUUGCACUUUCUGAGAAGCAAAUUUAGCUAAUUAAACUCUGAUGUAGAAUUGUCAACAGGGUAUAUACAGUGGGGCAAAAAAGUAUUUAGUCAGCCACCAAUUGUGCAAGUUCUCCCACAAGAUGAGAGAGGCCUGUAAUUUUCAUCAUAGGUACACUUCAACUAUGACAGACAAAAUGAGAAAAAGAAAUCCCGAAAAUCACAUUGUAGGAUUUUUAAUGAAUUUAUUUGCAAAUUAUGGUGGAAAAUAAGUAUUUGGUCAAUAACAAAAGUUUAUCUCAAUACUUUGUUAUAUGCCCUUUGUUGGCAAUGACAGAGGUCAAAUGUUUUCUGUAAGUCUUCACAAGGUUUUCACACACUGUUGCUGGUAUUUUGGCCCAUUCCUCCAUGGAGAUCUCCUCUAGAGCAGUGAUGUUUUGGGGCUGUUGCUGGGCAACACGGACUUUCAAUUCCCUCCAAAGAUUUUCUAUGGGGUUGAGAUCUGGAGACUGGCAAGGCCACUCCAGGACCUUGAAAUGCUUCUUACGAAGCCACUCCUUUGUUGCCCGGGCGGUGUGUUUGGGAUCUUUGUCAUGCUGAAAAACCCAGCCACGUUUCAUCUUCAAUGCCCUUGCUGAUGGAAGGAGGUUUUCACUCAAAAUCUCACGAUACAUGGCCCCAUUCAUUCUUUCCUUUACACGGAUCAGUCGUCCUGGUCCCUUUGCAGAAAAACAGCCCCAAAGCAUGAUGUUUCCACCCCCAUGCUUCACAGUAGGUAUGGUGUUCUUUGGAUGCAACUCAGCAUUCUUUGUCCUCCAAACACGACGUGUUGAGUUUUUACCAAAAAAGUUCUAUUUUGGUUUCAUCUGACCAUAUGACAUUCUCCCAAUCAUCCAAAUGCUCUCUAGCAAACUUCAGACGGGCCUGGACAUGUACUGGCUUAAGCAGGGGGACACGUCUGGCACUGUAGGAUUUGAGUCCCUGGCGGCGUAGUGUGUUACUGAUGGUAGGCUUUGUUACUUUGGUCCCAGCUCUCUGCAGGUCAUUCACUAGGUCCCCCCGUGUGGUUCUGGGAUUUUUGCUCACCGUUCUUGUGAUCAUUUUGACCCCACGGGGUGAGAUCUUGCGUGGAGCCCCAGAUCGAGGGAGAUUAUCAGUGGUCUUGUAUGUCUUCCAUUUCCUAAUAAUUGCUCCCACAGUUGAUUUCUUCAAACCAAGCUCCUUACCUAUUGCAGAUUCAGUCUUCCCAGCCUGGUGCAGGUCUACAAUUUUGUUUCUGGUGUCCUUUGACAACUCUUUGGUCUUGGCCAUAGUGGAGUUUGUAGUGUGUCUGUUUGAGGUUGUGGACAGGUGUCUUUUAUACUGAUAACAAGUUCAAACUGGUGCCAUUAAUUCAGGUAACAAGUGGAGGACAGAGGAGCCUCUUAAAUAAGAAGUUACAGGUCUUUGAGAGCCAGAAAUCUUGCUUAUUUGUUAAUUAAUGAAUUAAAAAUCCUACAAUGUGAUUUUUCUGGAGGAAAAAAAUCUAAUUUUGUCUGUCAUAGUUGAAGUGUACCUAUGAUGAAAAUUACAGGCCUCAUCUUUUUAAGUGGGAGAACUUGCACAAUUGGUGGCUGACUAAAUACUUUUUUACCCCACUGUAUAGGCUAGACAAGUGAAGCAUCUGAGAUUGUACAGGACUCAUCUACUACAAUCCAUUUGUGCAUACUAGCCCUGACCUCAGAUCAAACUGGUGCUUUUUUGUACUAUUUCCCCUGUUUAAAAACAUUUGAAACAGUAUUUGCAUUUUGUGGAAAUUCAAUCAUUAUCCUUGAAUUACUUGUUUUAAGCUGUCCAUUGGACUUCAACUUGGGAGUCACACAGCGUUAACUUGUAUUAAAAUGUAUACCUGCUCAAAUAUUUGUAUAAAUUGUGAAAAUGUAUCAUUGGAUAAAAUCAGUUCUGUCUUAAAUGUAAGUAAUUACUUGUACUUACAAGUACCCCAGCAUAGUGAUGUUACAUAAGUGCUUGAGUGCUUGCCUUUCACAGUAGCAUAUAAUACCCUGAAUUAAAAUUAUUCUGCACAAUUCAAUAAGGUAAAUUGUUACAUCCCAAUCUAAACAAGAUGUCAAAACAUUAAAUAAAUUUGAUUUUGUAAUGCUUUUGAUCAUUUGGAAAUAACAUUACUGCUUAUCACAGGCUUCAUAUGCACAAUGUAAUGUUAAGCAUUGACCUCUGCCAAUUUCAUCUUUGUCAGAACUAAAUAAUGAAACUGUCUUUGAGCAACAAUCCAUGUUCAUGUUUUGAAUUGCGUUUUUUUUGUUUCUAUGCAGUCAUUGAAGUCUUAAACAAUACAUAUAUUUUUAUAUUCUA